AUGUCUGCCUCACCUAGUUCUACUACCUUCCGAUCCCGUGGCUUCCAGGUGCCAUCUAGCUCUACACCUGUGCAACCAUCACCUACUGAUCUGCCCAUCAAUACUGAUGAAGUGGAUGAUAAUCAACUUGUUGGAGAUGCCAAUAAUGGCAGUGAUAGUGAAGAUCCUACUCCUGGUGAUGCAUCCACCAUCAAAAGUAUCGAGGCAGCAAUCACAAAAUAUGCAGCUCUCUAUGCUAUUUUGUAUUCUCCCUUUUUGACGAAGGGUUCCCUUAUGGCGGAACUAGACAGUGAUUUCCAUUCAUGGGCACCAGCAACAGUGUUUUCGUCUGUUGGAAAUUUCAAUCAAUUCUGUGUUCACAAAGUCUUUGAAAUGAAAUAUCCUAUAUUAACUAAGGAGCUCAGUGACCAAUCUGGGGCUAUGCCUUGUGUACCAGUGCUAAAGUCAGGCCAUGGCCCAACUCCAGAACAACUUCAGGAAUAUCUAGGAGUAAACCCUGAUUCUGCCAACCCAAUCGACCACUUGCCCUUGUUCUUAUUCCCAGACAAUGACCGAUCCCAUCGUCAGCAUGUGUUUCGCUCACAAAUUGUUGCAGCUUGCUACAACAAGGCAAUAAUUGUCCUUGUGUUUGGUCCUUCUGCACUCAUUGUCCCUGUUUCUUCCAUCCCCCUUCCAGGAUCUCCUGAGCUAGAGGAUUGGGAGCCUGCCAAAGGAUGUGCAUCACAAAAGGCACUAGGCAUCACAUAUGAGGUAACUGAAAUCACGCCUGGUACUUUGGCUAUUGUUUCAAUGCUGGUCUAUUUCAUUUUAUCUGGGGACACUGAGAUGGCCUCUGGUUCUGGCAAGCCCAGUGCCACUAACUAUGUCAAUAUCCUUCUUAACCUAUAUGGUUUUAUCUUUACGGUGCUUCAACGAGAGAAAACUGCCAAUGUCCAACCAAUGCAUGAGACCAUGAAUUGGUACCAGCAUUUGUUGUUUGGUGCUCCUGCAGGGGCAGGGGGUGAACACACAUCAGGACAAGUUGGACAUCUUUCUUUGGGCCUGAGUGCUCUUCUUGAAGAAAUGGAUCUUAAUGAAGCAGAUCCAGAUGUUUCCUCUGAAGUGCCUCGACCAGAACCAGAUGUAGAGACUGAAGUGGCAACCACCCUAGUCAGCUUGGAUGAGGGAGGGAGGACAAGGCAUGAGCGCAGGGGCCAGGCCCACAGAGAUGAUGGUCCCAGCAGUGACAGUUCUCAUGAAGUUAGUCGUGGAAGGAGAGGCCAAAGAGGUGGAGCCAAGGGCAACAGGAAUUGCAGAGGUCGUGGAAGACAUGGAGGCAACAGUGCUGCACCUGGUGAUGAGUAG